GUCUCACGCCCCAAAGCCUGACAAAACGGCACUGCCGCAAUCUAGAAGACUAAACUCUAUUGGGAGCUUUGGCUUACUUUGCUCUACCACCUACCUUACUUUCAGUUUGCACGGGAUCAGAGCCCAAUGCGAUGAGAUAGUCGUCGGCUCGACAAGCAUAUUAUUUCAUUGCCGUCUUUUUUUCCGCGGACAUAAUUGAAGCUCCCGGCAGCGCCAGAAAUCCAAACAAAGUGACCUUCCGCAACAAUGCCAAGCCCAAUAACCAUCACCACCAGGGUCCCGCUACCCCCACACCUGGCCCCGGAGACAGUCCUCCAGGCCCUCCACGCCUUCGAGCCGCUCAUCACCGCGAACCCUUACGUCGUCGGCUACGAGCGCCGGGCCGUACCCGUCUCGGACCUCGUCGGCGACCUCUUCUUCCGCGACGACGGCCGCUCCCUCCGCGCCUUCACCGUGCACGACCGCGUCCCCGUCAUCCCGGGAGUCGCCUGGGCGACCAAGGCCGUCACCGUCCCCUGCGUGUUCCAGAGCUUCGACCGCGGCGUCCGCUGCCGCGCAGACGCCCAGGCGGGCGUCACCGUGCGCAGCAGCUACGAGGUCCGCCGCCGCGGCGAGGUCCCACACGACGACGACGCCGCCGAUGUCGCUGCGGCUGCGGUCGACCCCGGCGCAGCACAGGGGUUCGAGCUCCUUGAAAUCGCGCAGAUAGAGUGCGGGACCCUGGUGAAGGCGUUUGUGAAGCGCAGCUUCGCCUCGGCACAUCAGGAGAUUCUGCAACGCCUUGUCGAUCAGCUUGUUCUUGGCGGCGUGGGCAGGUGGGCAUGAGAAUGGGCAGAGCACACCCCAGGCGACACCUCCCCAUCGCACCAGAACAUGAAUAUGAGCAUGGGCAUGGUGUCCACUGUCGAGGGCGAAUAAAGUGAGGCCUUCUUGGUGCUAUGAGGGCUCUAGCUGCCGAAAGCAUAGCGUGC